GCUGCUUCUCUCUAUCUUCAAAUGUUCCACAUUUUUUUUGCUUCCUUCACCUAUUGCCUCAAUAUCAAUGUAUACUCAAGCAGUUACUCUCAACACUUUCACUUACAAAUCUCGAAUCUCAAUACAAACACGAACUCUCAACAAUGUCAACUCUCGCUUCCAAGUUGCUCGUGUUAUAUCAGUCUCUCCUAUUUGCAAUAUUCGCAAUCGAAUAGUAAUAACUGCUUGCUCAAGUCCCAGUCAAGAAAUUCUCCUCCAAAAUGAGAUUACUGAUGCGGUAGAAAGCUUAGAUUCAGUUAAUGACCAAGUGGAAGAAAAUCAUGUGGAGUCUACUAGUAGUGUAAGAGAAUUCUCUGCUAAUGAAAGUAUUUGGACUCAAAUGGUUGAGAUUGCAAAGUUUUCUGGGCCUGCAGUUGGGCUAUGGUUAUGUGGGCCUUUAAUGAGUCUUAUUGAUACCGCUGUCGUUGGUCAAGGAAGUUCCAUUGAACUUGCUGCUCUAGGUCCGGGAACCGUCUUUUGUGAUAACACAAGCUAUAUUUUUAUGUUCCUCUCAAUUGCCACUUCGAAUUUAGUUGCUACUUCACUUGCAAGGCAGGACAAAGAUCAAGUUCAGCAUCAGAUAUCUAUCUUGCUUUUCCUUGGGUUGGUCUGUGGUGUUCUAAUGUUUUUCAUUACGAGAUUGUUUGGUAUUCGUGCACUAACUUCUUUUACAGGGGCCAAGAAUAUACAAAUCAUAAACUCAGCAAAUACUUAUAUCCAGAUUCGAGGCUUGGCAUGGCCAGCUCUGCUGGUUGGUUGGGUUGCCCAAAGUGCAAGUUUAGGCAUGAAAGAUUCAUGGGGACCUUUAAAGGCUUUGGCAGUUGCUACUGUUGUUAAUGGCAUUGGCGACAUAGUCUUGUGCAGAAUUUUCAGUUAUGGUAUUGCUGGAGCGGCAUGGGCAACAAUGGUGUCCCAAGUUGUUGCAGCCUAUAUGAUGAUCCAAGCACUGAACAAUAAAGGCUAUAAGGGUUUUGCUAUCUCUGUUCCAUCAACAGAUGAACUUCUGCAGAUAUUCAUGAUCGCUGGCCCUGUGUUUCUAACAAUGAUGUCAAAGGUCGCAUUCUACUCUCUACUGGUCUAUUUUGCUACCUCAAUGGGCACACAGACAGUUGCUGCUCAUCAGGUCAUGGUACAACUGUUCAUGAUCUGUGCAGUAUGGGGUGAGCCUCUCUCUCAAACAGCACAGUCGUUUAUGCCCGAAUUGUUAUAUGGAGUCAACCGAAAUUUGUCAAAGGCCCGAAUGCUGCUUAAGUCCCUAGUGGUUGUUGGAGCAUCAUUCGGAAUGGUACUGGCAUCUCUUGCAGCAUCAAUUCCAUGGUUAUUCCCCAAAAUAUUUUCACCUGAUCCUCAGGUCAUACAUGAGAUGCAUAAAGUAUUACUGCCAUACUUUCUAGCUUUAUGUGUGACACCCAGCAUUCUUAGUCUUGAAGGAACUCUGUUGGCUGGACGAGACUUGAAAUUCAUAAGCUUAUCAAUGAGCUCGAUAUUUGUUUUGGCUUCUCUUCUCCUCAUGUUGCUGAGCAGUAAAGGACUUGGUUUGUCUGGAUGCUGGCUUGCACUUGUUGUAUUCCAAUGGUCUCGAUUUUUCAUGGCGCUACGACGGCUCACCUUGUUGGAUGGCAUACUCUAUUCAGAAGAGUCUACACAUUAUGAGUUACAGAAGUUGAAAGCUGUAUAGGAUUCUAAGUUUCUUACAACAACAACAAAAAAAUUACAACAGAAAAAAUGGAGAUGGGAUCCAACUCUUCCCAUGGUAAUGUAUACCACAAAUGUGCUAUUUAUUAAGUGGCAAUAUUAGCAUACUUCUGUCUUUCA